AAAGGAGGAGUUCCAUUCUGUUAUUCGUCUUUGUCAUGUAGCAGUAUCUCAGUAAACACUUUCAAGAACAAUGAAAAGUUUAUAUUUGCAUGUUUUUUCCCCCUCUGAGUUUGGAAUGUGUGUCCGUGUGUUUUCCCCUUAACAGUAUGAAUGUGUGUCCGUGUUUUUUCCCCUUAACAGUAUGCCUGCGCAGCCCAACACUGGCAACCCCUUUGUGGCAGCAUCCGCACUCCCUGGGUCAUUGGUCCAUGCGGCUCCAAACCCUCUCCUCCAGAUGGGGGCGCUCCAGGGCUCGCCAGUGCUGGGCGUCGCCCGCUGCCAGGCUAUCAACUCCGCUCCAGGAAGCCCCCUUUUCCGCUCGCUGUCCCCCACCCCUUCCUCCCUGCAGGGCAGCCCCGCUAAAGGCCCCGAGAUCUCCAUGGCAAACCUCCACGUCCCGCUUGAUGCCAUCAAACCCAGUAAGGUUCUGCCCGUGACGGCAUAUGAUAAGGAUGGGGUACGCUUGCUGCUCCACUUUGCCUCUGAGUGUCCGGCAGGCAGAACAGACGUGCUGGUGGUGGUGCUGUCGUGGCUGAACACGGCUCCUCUACCCGUUCGCAAUGUCAGUCUGCAGGCAGCAGUCCCCAAGUCCAUGAAGGUGAAGCUGCAGCCUCCAUCAGGGAUAGACCUGGCACCAUUUAACCCCAUCCUGCCCCCACCCUCCAUCACCCAAAUCAUGCUGCUGGCCAAUCCCCUCAGGGAGAAGGUGCGACUGCGCUUCAAGCUAAUGUUUCUGCUCGGUGAGAGGCAGUACUCGGAGGUUGGGGAGGUGGACCAGUUUCCUCCGCCAAGCCAGUGGGACAAACUAUGACCCUUGACCUCUGAUCCCUGACCUACGGCUCGAGACCCUUUGUGUCCAGUGACCGCCUCCGCAAGGGAACGCCGGGAGGUGGGGGGAAGAGCGCGUUUCCAGGUGUCGCGUAGCUUGCACUAACUGUCACCCUUGUCAUUCCAGUGUACUUCUCAUUGUGUUGCUGACCAAAGGAAAAAGAGAAUAGUGCAGGUCUACCAAGCAAGUAUGUCAUCUUUCAGCAUUGACAAGAAGAACAACGCUUCAUGCUGAACACUGAUCAGAACACCACUGGUAUUGUGAGCUAACAUCGAAAACAGGACAUGCUACUAUAAUGCCCUGCAUUCAGAUAAGCCCACAGAUCUCACAGAGGACCAUCUCUCAAGCCCUCGGGAGGUGAGAGAGUACAUAGCAUAGCAUAGCAUAGCAUCUCAUAACAUAGUUUCCCUUUAUUUCUGGUUCUGGUUGAAAAGUGGACCAGGCAAAGUUAUGUCAUCCAUCGAGAUAGAGGUUUAGCUGGGGGCCACGCGUUAACCAACCUUUUAUUUACAUAAUUAUAUGGAAUUCAAAUCUGAAUCAGUUACAGGCACUGUUAAAGGCACACUAAGUAUGUUUCGCCCUAACAGCAGCUGAGUUGGAUUUCACUGCUCCUUGUGUAGAUGCCCAGAAACAUCCAAACAUUUUCCAGAUAUAUGGCCAGGGACUACACUAUUAAGGGCUGAGAAUGAAUCCUCAUAGAUAGGCUACACUGGUUAUUUAAGGGUUCUUUCUCUUGAAAAAGUGACUUAUUGUACCUUUAAAGAUGCUAUGGUAGGUACAGUUGUGGUGUCAAGAGGUCUGAAAGCCUGACAACUGAAAUGGCCGCAUGUAGUCCUUUGAGCAUUUCACAAUGGGCCAAUAUCAGAAGAAAACUUCCCAUAUCUAUUAGUCCUGAGCCCCUCUUCCCCUGACACAUCUUACCAAAGAGUACAUGCCCUCAAAGGCUCCAGAUAAAACAGUACAUUAGUAUCCAUAAAGGCUUAUGUGGCUGCAAAUACGCCUGUGUAGCUCCAAUGUUAAGGUUAUCGUUUUGACAUCCGCAGUAAUUGUUCACGUUAUUGUUGAAGGGAUGUUUUGUACUUCUAAACCUGUGAUAUACACCAUCGCAGAUAAGGUAUCACUGCUGUAAGCAUUGGAUAAUGCUAGGAAUGUGAAACUGCGGAAAAAAGCUUUAUGACUUUUAUCUUUUCAUAAUAUCAUUAGGUUAAAAUUGUUGUUCUUUCUACAGCAGAACAAGAAGGCCUUGCUAGUGAAUCUGGGUGUUAAAUAAUAGUGCUUGACUUAUGACCCAUUAUAAAAUCCAUCUGAGCUUCUAAUGUAUUAUAGACCCUGGCGAUCGCUACAGUGUUACUGAUGUGACUGUGCCCAUUUUAAUGCCAGCAUGCCUUUAGCACAUGCCUUUUAGCAAAACAAAAGUACAUAUCAUAGUUUCUGUUAACAGCAGUUACAUUUCUAAAUUGCAAGUCAGUUUUUUAGGGCAAACCACUAUUUCAGGAACUUGUUUGAUGGUGGAAAUGAACUAACAAGAUGCACAUAUCUGGCAAAUAUGUGAGAACCAGGAAAGGGUUUCAGUCAUUGACUCACUUCUGGCUUAGUGAAUGAUAUUCAGUGUUCUAAAAUACCACAUGGAAGAUGGAAAACUGAAACCUGUGUUGAAUCAAGCUGCGUUUUAAUUACUUCACAGGUCACAGCUAGAGGACCGCUUACUUUUUUACAUUAACAGUGUAAUCUGGUCCACAGCCUAAAGAAUAUGAAACCAUUUUAUGUACUGGCUGUAAUCUAUUUAUUGAAAGGCUAGUUUAUUGUAUUAUUCAGUAUUUAUAUGACAGUAUUGUGAUUGUAUUGUGUGUGCUGCAGUUACUCACUCUGAGUGGUGGCUAUCCAAGCAACUGUGGUAUUAGGGACAGCAAGUCCUAACUUGACCAAACUUUCCCCAGGCGGACAUCCCAACAUCAGCAUGUGUUGAUAUUUAUGGAUAAAUAGAUACUAGUUAUUAAGUUGAUGUUUAUGAAUUUAGGCUUAAUCACAACAGGUCAGCAACCCUUAAGGUGCAUCCAACACGUAAAAGUGCAAUGAAGUGUUUAGGAAAGUAUACAAUACAUCUCUAGGUGUAUUUUACUCACAGGAGGGACAAAUGGAGGACACUUGAACCUGAAGCUCCAUCUAAGAUGGUUGACAUUAAUAUUUAAGGACAUUUUUAGAAUUCAAAAUAUAAAAAGAAAGGAGAAUUCCCUGUCUGUUAAACACCCUCAUGUCAUACUAGGCCUACCCAGUUAGUAUACAGCCAAUGCUUAACUAAAUUCAGCAGUGGAUGGAAAAACUAUUUUCUACCACAUACCAUACAUCUUAUGAAGAAAGUAGUAAUUUGAGUGUGGCAUUGAUCAGAGGUUUAUCACCAGAUCCUAUUCAUGCAUUCUUAUCACACAUAGGGGCAGAUGUAUGUACGUGUGCGCAGCGUAAACAGCGACUUGGCCAGUCUGCAGAAAGCGCACGUCACAGCCCUCUAACCGUAGUUGGCGACGCCUGAAACCGAACAGUAUCAUUCAAUCACGGGUGCAAUUGAAUGCAAUCAUGGAAUCCCAGACCAACUUAAAAAAAAAAAAAAAAAACGUU